AUGUCAACUAAUAACGCUGCUAUCUUUUCAGGUUCUCUUGAAGAUCCAUCAAAAAUUGUUGAAAUUAAACAAGUUCCAUAUCCAAAAGCUUCAGAUGAUCAAUUAAUUGUUAAAGCUGUUGCUUAUGCUAUCAAUCCAACUGAUUGGAAACAAAUCUAUUUUGGAUUAACUCCAAAAGGUUCAAUCACAGGUUCUGAUGUUUCAGGUAUCGUUGAAUCUGUUGGUGCCAAUGUUAAAGGUUUUGCUAAAGGUGAUUAUGUUUCAACUUUUGUUCAAGGUAAUGUUAGUCCAGAUUUUGGUGGGUUCCAAAACUAUGUUAGAGCUGAUCCUUCAACUACACUUAAAUUUGAUCCAAAACAAAUCUCUGAAGAUGCUUUAAAAGAAGGUGAUUAUGAAUCAAGUAUUACAAAAUCAUUUGAAGGUGCUGCUUCAUUACCUUUAGGUUUAACUACUGUUAGUAUUUCAUUUGCUUCGAAUUUGGAAAUUCCAUUAUCAAAAGAAGCUAACAAGGGUAAAUCUAUCUUAAUUUGGGGUGGUGCUACUGCUACUGGUAUCUUGGCUAUUCAAGUUGCUAAACAAAUUUAUGGUUUAAAUGUUUUAACUACAGCUUCAUCUAAAAACCAUGAAUAUUUGAAAUCAAUUGGUGCUGAUGAAACUUUUGAUUAUCGUGAUCCAAAAUCUUUAGAACAAUUAACUAAAUUUGAUAUUUCUUAUGCUUUAGAUACCGUUUCUGCAGAUAAUACAUUCCAACAAACUUAUGAUGCUACAAAAGGUUCAUCAAACGUCAGAUUAGAUAACUUGUUAUUCAUCCAAGAUAAAGAUUUGAAAAAAGAUGAUAGAUCUGGUAAACAUACUGUUGUCAAUAGUACUUUAGCUUAUGUUGCUGUUGGUCGUCCAAUUAAUGCUUAUGGUAUGACUUUAGAAAUUACACCAGAACAAUUUACAAGAUUUAAAGAAUUAUGGUUUAAUGUCUUACCAAACCAUUUAAGUUCAAUCAAACAUGCUAACUUGAAAGUUUUGAAAUCUGGUUUAGAAAGUGCUAAUGAAGGUUUUGAAUUGAAUAAACAAGGUAAAGUUAGUGCUCAAAAAGUUGUUUUCAGAGUUUGA